AUGGACUUACUAUCCGCCUCAGGCAGCUACGCCGUGUAUGGACAUUCUCCCGCUGAUACAGUUGAUCCUCGACCCGACCAGCCCACGCUGGGUCCUCGAGCUUACAAGUCGCGUCAGAACAGACCAUGCGACUUUUGCCGAGCUAGGAAGGCCGCUUGCAAAAUUGCCGUGGCACCCCCGUGUGCCUUGUGCCACUCCUACGGCAGGGAAUGCACCUUCGUUAGCGGCCCACAGAAGCGCAAGAGAAAUGCAUCUCAGGCAGUGUCUGGUGAUGGUCAAGAGCCACAGAGACGUCGAACCGACCAUGCAGACAGCGAGCUUAGACUCAACGGAGCAGGACGGCUAUCAACUUCAUCGUCGCCGCCGUCUAAUUCCAGCCCUCCAGCUUCUCGUUCCCCUGUGGAGGAUGUCCUUCUUGACGACGACAUAGGGGAGUUGAACACGUCCUCUCGCCAAGUGCCUGGAGCUGAAGAAGCUGCUCUUCUCCAAAACACGGAUCAGCCACAAGCUGGGAGAUCGGACCUCAGAGGACACAAUGUGAACAACAGCGUCCCACGUGUCGGGGAGUUCUCCCUGGCUGAACUGUCCACGAAAAAUGCUGCUUUGGUUGGAGAGACCGGUGAGGCUGAUCCGUAUCUCUGUCGUCGGUACCGCUAUGAGAAUGACGAAUGCGUCCUAUCCAAUAUAGUAUACAGGCGGAUUCCUCUGCCUCCGCCACCGUCCUUGACGGACGAUGCUGAGCUCGGUUUUGCUGAACGCCCUGUUAUAUUUAUGCUUCCUGACGACAACCUCGCGAAUACAGGGGAGCCUAGAUCGGACAACUCGGUACUGGAAGCGGCACAAACAGAGCUGAAAACUAUGGUUCCGACUGAUGUUGGGGUGCGGUUGCUGAAGCUGUUCUUUCGCUUCGUCUACCCAUACUUCCCCGUCCUGUCGCGGACACAAAUGCUGGCCCAUGAUAUCAGCACUGUGUUGUUGGACCUGCCCCUGUCUCUACAAGCGGGGAUUUACGCAACUUCUCUACCAUUUCUCCUAUACGACGACAUACUAGCCACAACUAUAAUCCACUCACCGCCGCCCGCAGCAAGGCUUUACCGUAUCUGUUGGCUUGCCAUCGUACAGGAAACCCAUACCCCGAAGCUCGCGACACUUCAGGCCUGUCUCUUAUUGCUUCAGCGGGCACCCAGCAACAAGUACAUCAUGGACACCCCGUUUCAGUGGAGUCUCACUGCCUGGACAGUCAGCCUUGCCUACCUUAUUGGUCUCGGCAAGUCUUCUGUCGGAUGGUUGGGAUUGCCAAAAUGGGAACGCCGGCUUCGAGGUCGGCUGUGGUGGGCAACAUAUGUUCUGGAUAAAUGGUCCUUCUUCGGAGCUGGAACGCCUAGUCAUAUUCGGAACGAUGAUUUUGACGUGGAGCUGCCGAUACUCGCACCCAAUGCUCCUUCGACUGUUGAAGGCUCUCCAUGCCCGUCGACUGCCCCCGUCGAUGACAAUGCUCACGAUCUCCUCGCGGUUCCUUCGCAUUUCUACCAUCUCGUUCAACUUACCACGAUACUUUCGGACACUUUUGAUACCUACUAUUCCAUUCGUGCCACUUCGUUGACCACGAACAAUUUCUCAUUGUCCGUCGAACUCGCGAAACCACUGCGCGUUCGCUUAAAGACCUGGAAAGAUUCGUUCACUGCGUCUAACAGCUCAGCGGAAAAUAGCAGUCCCCACUUGGAUACUGCCAUCUUCUCCACUAUCGCUCCCGACACCCUUGAUGGUAAUGCGUCAUUGGUUUUGGCAUAUAUCGUCACUGUGAUGGCACUCUACCGUGCUUUGCUACGAGCUGUUGAUAAUCUGGACUCUUCACUUGAAACUAGCGCAUAUCUACAUGCUGCUGCUCGCUCAGCAGUCCUGAAAGGCGCGAAGGAGUGUGGAAAGGAAGCUGUGGAGUUCGUCGAAGAUCUCAGCAGGGGAGAUGUUGGUGUGUGGGAUGCGUUCUGGCACAGCUGUGGGUUUUACACUGUUUGGAUUCAAUGUUGA